AUGGCUGCUGUCCCCGCGCCAGGCGCUGAGGCAGGCUCAGCCCUGGACCCUGUCACGGCUCUCGAGACUGGCUUCGUCUCAAACGAUCUGCUCGACACUUCAUCCCUGCCGCCCAUCUUUGCCCUUGGUCGAGUUCAGUACGCAUUUCCGGCCCCGCUUGCGCUACUGACAGUCUCCAACAACAUUCUCACAAUGUGCCUGUACGCAUACCCGCCACCACGAACCUCGCUCAUGGGGCAGCAGUACCACACCUCAUACCCUUCGGCUGCCUCAGCCGUCACCGCCCCACCUCGGCUGGUUCGCAUCGAUCUCGACGAUCCAGAGAGGACAGAAGAGGCAGAGGUGCCUCUGCCCCCUCUGCCGCGAACGAGAAACGUAGCGCCGCCAGAUCCAACGAUGCUGGGGCCAUACAAGAUGUUUGCAGAUCCAACCGGGAAGCACAUCAUCCUGGGCACACGCAACGGCGAUAACUUCUACUGGACGAGUGGGUUGGGCAAGAAGGCCAGGUUGCUCAAUCGUUUCAAGGGGCUCGUCAUCGAAAGUAUCGCGUGGAAUCCUCUCGUCGAUGUUGCGGCUGCUUCUUCGAGCAAAAAGAAGAAAAUGAAUGGGAGCGUGAGAGGUGCAAGGUCGUCUGGAGCGCCCUCAUCGACGAUUGCAACGCGGCAGAUCCUCGUAGGCACAAUGACCGGCGACAUCUAUGAGGCAGCCUUGGCCUCGACGACAUCUCACGCCGAUGCCGACGAGGGCGACUUUCUCGAUCGGCUCGCUAGAAGGACCGCUGGUGCCACAGGUUCUGGACCGGAGAUCGACAAGGUGCUUCGGCAUGUCUUUACGCUCCACGAACGACAACCGAUUACGGGCAUGCACGUCGAUGUAUUUCCGAGUGCUUCUUCAUCACGAGCAGGAGGGAUUACAAGAGCGGUGGUUGUUGUGACAUCGAGCACAAGAAUCUACGAGUUCGUCGGCAUGUUGAGUAGGGCUUCCACGGAUGCUAACGAAAGCGAGAGCAUGUACGAGAAGCUCUUUGAGGCGUACAAGGGGGAUGCUGUUCCCAAUCUCAAAUCCGAGCUUCCAGGCGAUCUCCCGUAUUCUGAACUUCACAUGUGGGCGCCGGCAGGCCAGCGCAGCUCAAAGGCUCUCGCAUGGCUCACUGGUCCGGGCAUCUACCAUGGCCUCAUAUCCUUCGGCGAGCAGGAGGUGGGCGACAGCGUCAUCGACAGCGCCAACUUGCUCCCUUACCCCGCUGUGCCCAUCGACGAGAAUGACCACGAAGGACAGGGCGAGACGAUAUCGGAGAUCCCGCUGAGCAUCGCCCUCACCGAGUUUCACUUUGUCCUGCUCUACAGAGACCGGAUGAUGGCCAUUUCGAGCCUGGACGACCGUGUGGUGUAUCAGGAAGACCUGCCGCUAAAGCCAAACGAACACGUCAUUGGAACAACGGUCGAUGUGGCUCGGAAGACUUUCUGGGUCUACACCGAUGCCUCAAUCUUUGAGCUCGUUGUGAGGCACGAGGAUCGAGACGUCUGGAUGGUCUACCUCCAGCGGCAUGCCUAUGACACGGCACUUCGCUACGCCAAAACGCCUGCACAGCGAGACGAGGUGCUCUCGGCCCAGGGCGAUGCGUUUUUCGGCCAGGGCAGGCACAUCCAAGCGGCACAGUGCUAUGCCAAGACAUUCAAGAGAACCUUCGAAGAGAUCGUGCUGCGCUUCAUCGAUGCAGACGAAAAAGACGCUUUGCGAUACUAUCUCGUAUCACGCCUCGAGAGGCUGAGAAAGAGCGACCUGACGCAGCGCAUGAUGCUCGCCACAUGGCUCGUCGAAAUCUACCUCGCCAAGAUCAAUGAGCUCGAGGACGUGGCCUCGGCCAGUGCCGCUUCCGAGAACGUGGAGAACUACAACCUGGAGCGUGCCAUGCUCGAGGAUGAACUGAAGCAGUUCCUUGUCACCUAUCGCGAGAAUUUGGAUUCCAAGACAAUUUUCGGGCUAAUAAAGAGGCACGGGCGAGUGGAAUUUAUGCUUCAUUACGCCAAAGUAACGGACGAAGUCGACCGGAUCGUAAGGCACUGGGUCGAGGAGGAGGACUGGGACCGAGCGAUCGAGGCAAUCGUUGAGUCGCAAUCUCUCGAUUUAUACUACCGUUUCGCCACGAUCCUGGUCCGUCACCGACCGGAGAAGACGGUCGAGUCAUGGAUCCGUCAAGCGGCCCUGCAGCCCCGUAGACUUAUCCCCGCCAUGCUGCAGGAGCAAAAGCAGUCUGAACGGACAGGGCGACAGACGAUCAGAUACUUGCAGCACGUCAUUCGUGAACUCAACAACACUGAUCCUGCCGUGCACAACUUCCUCCUCUCUGCUUUGGCGCGUGCGGCCUCAUCUUCCGAUGGCGAGGAGGCCAAAGCUGCGAACAAGGAGCUGCUAGAUUUCAUUGCGAACUUAAAGACAAAGGACAUGACGGGUCGACCUUACUACGACCUUGACUAUGCGCUGCGGACGUGCAGCGAUAAUGGGCGUCUGGAGGCUUGCGUGCGCAUCUUUGCGAAGAUGGAGAACUACGAGAGUGCCGUGGAUCUCGCCCUGGAGCAGGGCGAUGUCGAACUGGCAUGCGAAUGCGCAGACAUGGUCGACAUGGGAGGAAGGAGUGGGCGGGGAGGCGGCGAUGAGGCGGAAGGCGGGCUCAAGAAGAAGCUUUGGAAGAAGACGGCAGAGGUCGUCGUGAAGCAGAAGAACGACAUCAAAGCAGCCAUGGAGUUCCUCGCGAGAACAAAUCUGCUCUCCGUCGAAGACAUCCUUCCUUUCUUUCCAGACUUUGCCGUUAUCGACGACUUUAAAGACGAGAUCUGCCUCGCUUUGGAGAGCUAUGCGGGACGGAUCGAGGAGCUCAAGACGGAAAUGGACGAGGCAACGCAGAGCGCUGAAUCGAUCCGAGAAGACGCAGAGAAGCUCUCGCGGCGGUUUGUGACGGUCGUCAAGGGACAAGACGUCUGCUGGCUGUGCAAAGCUGGGCUCGUGGAGCGGCAAUUCUAUGUGUUCAGCUGUCGGCACGGCUUCCAUGCCGACUGCCUUGUCGCGGAGACCAAGAAGCAUCUCAAGACCAGGUCGUUGCGCCGGAUCCUCGAGCUGCAACAGCAACUUUCGAGCCUCACUGCAGGUCUCGUCCCAUCCCUUCCUCCACAAUAUGCCAGUGUCAUCUCCUCAACGUCUGCAUCGGACAGCAAGCCAGGCCUCGUCGCCUCUGCGACUGGGCAAGGAGCAGCUGCAGCAACGACUGCGUUGGGCCUCGACAAGCUUCGAGACUUGGUCUCGCCCGAUGCAAUUGUGGGCGCCAUCUCUGCCGGCGUAUCGGUCGGUGUCGCUGGCGGCAAGAAUCUCCUAGCCCCUUUGGAUCCAUUCGCCAACCCAAGGCAUUCCAUGGGGUCCGCGAGCGCGAGGAAUUCUGUCGCUAUCACUUCGUCGCCCAGGCAGCAGCAACAAGCGCAGCAGCCCGUUGUCGCAAAGGCAGACGGAGCUGACGGGGGUCGGAUGGCCGAGAAGCAGGAGCAGAUCGAGGAGCUGAGAGACGAGCUGGACGGGCUAGUCGCCAGCGCGUGUAUUCUCUGCGACGGAUCCGUGUCAACCAUUGCACGGCCAUUUGUCAGUGAUCGGGAGGCAGAGAUAGACGAGUGGGCCUUGUAA